AUGAAUAGUAUCUCAUAGGUUGAAUUUGAAUGGAAUCCUGUUUCCGGUGUGUUAAUCAAUGAAGAGAAUGACAAUAUUUAAAUUGAUCUUAAGACUAAAAGAAAAGCAGAUCCAAAAGAAUUUGGAAUUGAAAUCCAUCCUCAUGUUUUAUUUAAGAAAUAACUAAAUUAUGAUUUGGAAGUAGGAUGGAGUUGGCAUAAAUCCUGGAAUUUGCCUGAAUUUGAUUAUAUCCUAAAAGUAAAUAUGUGUUUUAGCCUCUAAUAGGAUGCUCAUAUCUAUCUUUUAGCUUCUUAAGGUACUGUAUUUGCUCAAGUUUUUGUUGUUAAAGCUUUGGAAAAUUCUUCAUCCUAUAAAAAUUUAGGCAUUAAGGGAGAAUCAAAAAAAGAAAUAAUAGACCAAUAAGCAAACUUUAGAUGUCUAAAAUUCACUACAACUUCAUAUAACAACAAUGUAUUAACUUAAAUAGUAAUGCUAGCACAAAAAAUUCCAUUUGAUGAUUGUUUUAUUUUAUUCCUCAGUAAAUGGAGAAACAAUGGUUCUUAGUUCAAUCAUAUCGCCUGGGAUCUUUGUAGAUUCUAGAAAAUAUGCCAGAUUUCACAAUUUUUCAGUCCUUUAGAACUCUUUUACAGAAUUAUUCCCUUAUCAGUUGAUUGAUUCAAAAAUUAUAAAAAGGGAAACAAAAAAUAAGAUUUUAAAGAUAAUUAAAAUAGAAAACUCAAUUAUAGGAUUUAUUAAUUAUUUUACUGCCUCUAAUAUUAGAAAUAAAAUUAAGCACCCAAUAUUUUUAGCUUUAAGAUUCUCCAGUCUUAUUAAAUUGUUUGUUGAUUAAGAAAUGCUUGAUUCCUAAACUAGCAUUGUGACUUCGAUUUAAAAUCAUCUAAAUAAUAUUAUCAAAAAAUUAGAGCAUUAAAAGAAAAUAAAGAUAUUAAUAUCCCUUUCCGAUGGAGAUUAUGUAACAUAAAAAAAGGUAAAAUUUAUCAUUUAUUUAGGCACUUGAACUGAUUUAAUAAUUAGAAAAUAGCUGCUAUGAAAUUUAUACGCAAAAAUGCUACUUACCUAAUAAUGUAUGCGAGAUAGAAGAUUUUCAAUAGCUAACUCUGUAAUAUGAGGAGUUCGUCUAAUAAUCUAAAAUAUAAAUUAAUUAGAAUAAACAUUGUGACAAAAUUAACACUUAAUUUUCAGUUUAAGUUGACGAUAGUUUAUAAAAAAAGGUCAAAAUUGAAUAAUUUGCUGAUAUGAAAAAUUAGUAAUUAUCGUAAACAUUCAAAGAUAUUAAUUUGCAUAAAGCUGAUUUUGAUAAUUCAAUAAAAAAGGAAGAGGAUUUAAAAACUUCGUAAUAUUCAUAAUAAAAUUUAUAUUAAUAAUAAUAUAUCCCAUUUUCAAAUAUUAAUUAAUAACAAUAAUACUUUAUGUCGCCUUAUUUAAACCUAGUGCCAUUUGUUAAUUAAUAAUUUUAACAUUAUUAUUUAACUCCAUAUCCAUAUGUGAAUCCAUACUAAAAUAUAUGGAGAUUAUUUUGA